UUAAAAUUUUAUAUUGUGCAAUACGUGACCAAUUUUUGUUCUAUUCUAAAAAUAUGAGCAAUUAAAUCGAGAAUGUUUGGUAUAAAUGUAAUUAGUUAGAAUAGAAUCAACUGUCCCAAAAUCUAUUGAACAUGGUUUCUGUAACUUUAUGUUCAAUUAUACUGCUUGCAGUCUUUUCUUGCUCAUCUUCACUACCAACCUUACCAUUUCCACAUCAAUUUUUUGAUAUAAUAUCCAAAUCUAAAGACGAACAUUCGGAAAAAUCAUUUCCAGAAAAUAUAUUUGACUGGGAUAUUCUUUUUCCUAUGAUGGAUAAAGGAUGGCAGAUACCCUUUAUCUCUUCACCUCAAGUUCAAACUUCGAGCAGCUUACCCAAAUUAAAUGCACCAAAAUCUGAUUCAUCAAUUUCUGAUUCAUCAAAUUCUGAUUCACGACAUUCUGAACCACGAAAUACUGAUUCACAAAAUUCUGAUCAAGAAUCUUCUUCUUGUUCUGAAGAUAAUUGAUAAGGAUCUCACAUGAGGUGAAUGUUAAUUUCAAUUUAUGUUCGUACGGUAAGACAUAGGGAGCUACUUAUGUUGUAUCAAAGUGAAGAGAUGGAAUUCCACUUAUUAUUUUUGGGAUAAUUGGAACAAGUAGAAUAAUUUUUCAUUUAGCUAUUCAAAAAUAUUUAAUAAAAAGUAAUUGACACUUCUUCAUUCUUUUUCAUACAAAUCCAUCUAAGGUUUCAAACUCAUAAUCAAUUUAUUAUUUUCUUCUACUGAUCUGCUUCAAAAUACUCUUUUCAUGAAGUUUUGAUUCAGCCCAGCGAGGCUCUUAUAUUUUUAAUUGUUCCAAAUAAUGGUUGCCGACUUUUUCUGAAAAAUAGGCGUUCAACGUGGUCUUCUUAAUAAAAUCUCACUCCAGCAAAUGAUACUAUGGGGUUUGGAAACAACAAGAAGUCGUGCAAUCGUUCUUCUCAGUUCAUUAUUCCAUAUUAUCUGUUGAAAAUAGUCGUUCAACAAAGUCCCAUGACUAUAGCAAAAUAUCAUCCUCAUUUCUGUUUCUGUACAGAAAAUAAAAACAGAGACCCAUCGUUGGUAUAUUUAGAAUUUAGGACAUCCAUCCUGUGCAUCAUUUAUAAUCUAUAAAAUCAAAAUACGAUACAGAAACAAUUAUUUUUCAGGAUGGAAAAUGGCUUACGUGAUAAUUGUGGCGACAACACAUAAAAAAUCAUAUUCAAAAUUCAGACAGACCUAAAUACUGAUUAUUUUCAUCCUCUAUUAUUAUAGAAGCUUUAUUAGUUUCAAAUAAAACAUAUAAUCGAAAA